UGGCCCGGGAAGCACACCCCAAAGCUAACCAAAGGGUGCAGGAAACCAGGUCAGUCUCAUCACCACCAGCCUAAUAAGCUAACGCCCCCAAAGCCACAGAAAGGGCGCCAUAACACCCACUCCAGAAGGAAUACAAGCCGGAUCUGAGCUGCCUCUGCCUCCGCUACCGCCGCUGGCCUCGCCGGCCCCGGACCCCUUCCCGCCGCCCCACCCCCAGCCCCACACAAGAUGUCAGAGGACCUAGCAAAACAGUUGGCAAGCUACAAAGCCCAGCUCCAGCAAGUAGAAGCUGCACUAUCUGGAAAUGGAGAAAAUGAAGAUUUACUGAAAUUGAAGAAAGAUUUACAAGAAGUUAUAGAAUUAACCAAAGACCUUCUGUCAACUCAACCUUCGGAAACUCUUACAAGUUCGGACAGUUUUGCUUCUACUCAACCCGCUCAUUCAUGGAAAGUAGGAGACAAGUGUAUGGCAAUCUGGAGUGAAGAUGGACAGUGUUAUGAAGCGGAGAUUGAGGAGAUAGAUGAAGAAAAUGGCACUGCUGCAAUCACCUUUGCUGGUUAUGGAAAUGCUGAAGUGACUCCACUAUUGAACCUCAAGCCUGUAGAAGAAGGAAGGAAGGCCAAGGAGGACAGUGGCAACAAACCCAUGUCAAAAAAAGAAAUGAUUGCCCAGCAGCGUGAAUAUAAAAAGAAGAAAGCUUUAAAGAAAGCACAGAGAAUAAAAGAACUUGAGCAAGAAAGAGAAGAUCAGAAGGUGAAAUGGCAACAAUUCAACAACAGAGCUUAUUCUAAAAACAAGAAAGGCCAGGUUAAGAGGAGUAUUUUCGCUUCACCUGAAAGUGUAACUGGCAAAGUUGGAGUAGGAACUUGUGGAAUUGCUGACAAGCCUAUGACGCAGUAUCAAGAUACAUCCAAAUACAACGUCAGGCAUUUGAUGCCUCAGUAAUCACAAGGACUAUCGGAUAUCACCUCUGCGGGGCUUUACAUUUACCUUUUUAUCCUUAUAUUUUUCUAAAGGUAAAUUAUUUGUUAGAUGAGUAAGGAAUAUGCAUUGUCUUUGACUUCAGUAGAAUGAAACUUGAAGGAAUUGCAUUUGAUAACUGCUUUUCAUUUAACUUUUCAUUACUACUUAACCACAGUUCCCUUUGUUGAUUAAGGCAACUUUUCUAGAGAGAUGCUGCUUAAGUCAGCACUUAGAUGACCUCCCACUUACCUGGUGUUAUCUGUAGACAUUCUGUAAGUCAUAACUUGGGAUUUUCAGGUGCUUUGCACUUGACUCAUUCUAGCAAUUCAUUGGAUCAUCAAGGUAAAACACCAACCUGCUAAAUAUUUUUUUUUCUUUAUCUUCAAUAUUAAAACCUAGCCAUUGUCCAGACAAGCCUAAAUAUAGGUUAAUUCAUAAAUGGCAAGGUUUAUUUUGAGGGCUUGCUUUUCCUUCAAUAACUUGUUUUCCAGGCCCAUUAGGUCAUUUCUACAGUUGGUCCACCACUAUUUUUUUUUCCUUGAGUUCUGUCUAAAAGAACCAUGUUUAGGAUGAGCUCCCCUCUAAGUUUUUUUUUUUUCAGUGUGUGUGUGUGUGUGUGUGUGUGUGUGUGUAUGUAUGUAAGUACUGUAUGUUUUUUUCCUUUGUUAAUUCCUCACUUGUGGUAGUGGUACCAUUUUUUGGAUGUGUCAUGUUUAUAUGGGAAAAUAAAAGGCUGAUGUAUAGCCCUGUAUACAGUUGUAGAUACUAUUUUUGUAAA